AUGGCUGGGGGCAAUCACACGGUUGUGUACUUGUCCGAGCAGGUGGUGGUUUUGAUUUCGUGCGCCCUGUCGUUCCUGGGCUCCACGCUGAUCAUCCUCACCUACUUUAUUUGGCCCGAUCUGAGGACGACCCCGCGGAGGCUGCUGGUCUACCUCUCGGUGUCUGACUGGAUGUCCGCGGUCUCCUACGGCUUCGGAGUCUGGAGGGUUUUCGGGACCGACUCGCUGGAGUGCGUCGUCCAAGGAGCGAUAUCCACUUUCGCCAACACCAGCUCUUUCUUCUGGACCGUGGCCAUCGCUGUUUACCUGUAUAUCUUUAUCGUGAGGUCCAGCCAAAGAGUCGCUGACAGCCUGGUGUUGUUUUUCCACAUUAUCAGCUGGGGUAUUCCUCUGGCCAUCACUACUGCAGCCGUGUCCCUGAACAAGAUUGGCUACGACGCGUCAGAGGUGUCGGUGGGCUGGUGCUGGGUCAGCAUCCACGCUCCUGACCGGGUGCUGUGGAUGCUGCUGACGGGAAAGAUCUGGGAGUUCUUGGCUUAUCUCACCCUCCCUGUCCUCUACAUCCUGAUCAAGAGGCACAUCCACAUAGCGCAUGCUGCCCUGUCCGAGUAUCGGCCCAUCUUGGCCAACAGGCCUCAAUCACAAUCCUUCUCCUCCAUGGCUGAUAUGAAGCUAACACUCAUUCCCAUUAUCUUCAUCACCCUGCGCAUUUGGAGCACAGUGCGCUUCAUACUGCUGCUAGCCGACUCUCCAGCCAGACAGAACCCAGUGCUGGUCACUCUACAUGGGAUUGGCAACACCUCGCAGGGAGCAGCCAACUGCAUCAUGUUUGUAUUGUUGACUAAGCCAAUCCGCACGCGCCUCUGCACCACACUCUGCUGCUGCUCCAAGUGUCGAGCCGAGCAGGCGCAGCACUCGCACGACGACCCUCACAGGCUGCUGCCGGGACAGGACACGGCCACACAGAGAGAGGAAGACAGCCCCGGUCGAGUCCGGACUGAUAGAUGAUACUCGUUUCUGCGGAUGUGAAACUAGACGAAGGUUUACAUGAAGGGAGAGCGGUGUCAGGCUCCACGUAAUAUUAAGCCUCAUUACAGGAAGUGCCUUUGAGAAAGGGUUGGAGAUUCAUGCACAUACGUGUCACAGGGAAAAAGUCACAUGCACUUUGGGUGAUGAGGAUGAUAUUACCUGACUGUGCUGUUGUUGCAAAUUGUAUAUGUUGCACAUAUAUGUUGAAGUUUUAUUAUAGAUGGGCUGUACAUCAAACUUUAAAGUGGUUCUUGGUGCACAUUUUCUGGUUGCAUUUUGAGCACUCUGUGAAAGAGCAGAUUUAUUUAUCCCGUACUGUGUGGAGUCACUUACAUUCUGAGGUUGUCACUGUGAAAUGAAUAGUUCUCUUUCAUCUAGUUCCACUGAGAAUUAGAGUAUUGUAUUUAUGGAGGAAAGUUACUUACCAUAAUAACAACUGUAUAGCGUUCUCACUUUAGGUGAUAAACAUACUGUAAAUGUGUAUCUUUUCAUUGUCACUGUGAAUUCUAGUGAUAACCCUCACAAAAUCUUACCUUUCGACUAUCAGGGUGUGUUGCCUUUGAAAGGUUUGUCAUUUUCUUCAGAGUUCGUGUCAGUUAAAGCGGAUUCACAGAAGAAAACAUCUGUAGAAACUUCUGAUUCCGGUCCUGCACCAUAAUCUUCAUCACUGUACAUCUGUAUGCUCAGUCAUUGGUUUGCUAAAAUAUGGCUAAAUAAUUGUAACAGAGCUUCUAGAAAGGAAAUAGCACCGCAUAGAAACAGUGUAUUUAGUCAUAGUUUGGUGAGGCACGUCACUAUUAAAAUCCAUUGUAACUGGCAUGAACUCUAUGUGCUCUGUAAGUGAGCUAACUUUCUACAACCGUCUUUCAAGCAUGAUAUUGAUGAGGUUUUUUUUAUACAUUUUGGGGUUAUCGCUUUAAUAUAUUCUGUAAUAUAACUUUAAUGUAAAAUAUUUUCCCAGUUUCUACCAAAUAUGACUUUGGGUGUGUCGGUUUGUGUGCAAUAAACCUGAUUACAUCUGA